GUUGCUGGCACCGCCUGGCGGGGCGUGCUCUCUCUCUCGCGGCAGCCAUGGCUAUGUUUUGGUCUACGUCAGUCAUCUUCUCCUUCUUCUUGCUUAUUUUUUUAUCGUCCUCCUCUCGCUUGGUUGCCGCACUCUACGGUCCUUCCUCUGAUGUUGUCCUGUUGAGCCCAUCCAAUUUUAAGUCUAAGGUAUUGAACUCAAAUGGAGUUGUUCUGGUUGAGUUCUUUGCUCCAUGGUGUGGUCAUUGUCAAGCACUGACUCCUACAUGGGAGAAAGCGGCAAAAGUUUUAAAAGGUGUAGCAACAGUGGCAGCUCUUGAUGCGGAUGCACACAAGUCUCUUGCCCAGGAGUAUGGAAUUAAAGGUUUUCCAACAAUCAAGGUGUUUUCUCCUGGCAAACCACCGCUUGAUUAUCAAGGUGCAAGAGAUGUAAAGCCUAUCACAGAAUUUGCUCUCCAACAGGUUAAGCUCCUUUUGAAGGAUCGCUUAAAUGGCAAGGCAACUGGUGGCUCCAGUGAGAAGAAUGAACCAAGUGCAUCAGUAGAGCUCAAUUCUCGAAACUUCGAUGAAGUUGUCCUUAAAAGCAAAGAAUUAUGGAUGGUUGAAUUUUAUGCUCCAUGGUGUGGACAUUGUAAGAAACUUGCUCCAGAGUGGAAAAAGGCUUCAAAUAACUUAAAAGGGAAAGUUAAAUUAGGCCACGUUGAUUGCGAUGCUGAAAAGUCCCUUAUGAGCAGGUACAAUGUUCAAGGAUUCCCCACCAUUUUGGUGUUUGGUGCUGACAAGGAUAGCCCUUAUCCUUACGAGGGUGAAAGGGCUGCUUCAGCAAUAGAAAGAUUUGCAAUCGAGCAACUUGAGACUAUUGUUCAGCCAGUUGAAGUAAAUGAGCUGACUAGCCCGACUGUGAUGGAAGAGAAGUGUGCAACAUCUGCUAUAUGCUUUGUUGCUUUCCUGCCUGAUAUUUUGGAUUCGAAGGCAGAGGGAAGGAACAAAUACAUAGAAACCUUGCUUUCUGUAGCAGAGAAGUUCAAAAAGCACGCAUACAGCUAUCUUUGGGUUGCUGCUGGCAAACAGGCUGCUCUUGAGGCGGAGGUCGGUGUUGGUGGUUAUGGCUAUCCUGCAUUAGUAGCUCUCAAUGUAAAGAAAGCUGUAUAUGCUCCUUUGCGCAGUGCUUUUGAGCUCGAACAUAUAGUAGAAUUUGUCAAGGAGGCUGGUCGUGGUGGCAAAGGCAAUUUGCCCUUAGAAAAUGCUCCAGUCAUUGUACAAACAGUACCUUGGGAUGGCAAGGAUGGUGAGGUUCUCGAAGAAGAUGAGUUUUCUCUCGAAGAACUCAUGGGUGAAGAUACAUCAAGCAAAGAUGAGCUGUAAGACGAGCAAGUUAGUUCAGAUAUGAACAGAAGCAGAUAUUCUCUCGGAAGAUUGAAUUGUGAGAUACUGAGAUGAUGGGGCCUGAGGAACAAGUAACCAUUGAUGUACGACGGGUUAACAUUGUUUAGCAACAAUCCUGUACUCUGUUGGGGCAAAAUUUUUUUGGAAGCGAAAAUUUUUCGUCGAGGGUACAGAUUUAUCAUGCUUUUCUAAUGUGUCUGUCCUUUAUGUCCGGUUGGAAUAGGCUGGUUCAGACUCUUUCUGCUGUGUUUGAUUUUCAGAUAAAAUGAGUGGUUACGACUUUUCAACUA